UCGGAAUAUACAGCGCCAUAAUUAAUUUUUUCUGAUACACUGCUCGACUCUAAAAUCCUUCCCCUCUCUCUCUCUCUCUCCCUCUCUCUCUCUCUCAAAAUUCGCCUUCUUCAAUCGAUUCAUGAAGGUCACACACAAUGUUCCGAUAAACAAAUGGCAAAUAGUACUCGGUCUAGUCACAGGGCUAAGGAUGAAGGAAAUAAUAAUGGGAGGGUGACGCAAAAUGGUGAGAAAGGAAAAGUCAAAUCACAUUCUAAUGUAUCAGAUACAGCUAGUCUCAGAAGGUCUCCUAGAGAGACAUCAUCAAAGAAGAUAAGUCCUGGUGGACCUAGCCCUUUAAGUAUUUGUAAGUCUGGGCGUCCUGUAAAGAGAGCACCAUUGACUCCUGCUGUUAAUAGUAAAUCUGAAAGGGUAAAAAAGAAGAAGAAGAUGCCAAGUCCUACGAGAAGAUCCGGAAGAACUAGGAGUCACUCUUCCGCAGGGUCAUUGAGUUCAAACCCUAAGCCAAAAAAAGAGAAGAGUGUGAGACAGUUGUCAUUUGAAGCUGAGGAAGUAAAUGAAAAUGAAGAACAUGAUCUGCGAACACCCCAGGAUAAAAUAAAGAGAAUGACUGUUCAGAUGUAUCGGUCAUUCUUUCCAUCACUGAAGAAAGAGGCUAAUAGGAUUGAUAAGUCAAAUCAAGGUGGCAACAAUGGUGGAGGCAAGAUUGAUGAGUGCUCUAAAGGGAGUCGUUCUGAUUGCAAAGAGGUCUCCAAGAAUGGUGUGCUAUCAUCUGAAGAUGGAAAAUCAAAAGAGAUGAGAGUUGAUUCUGGGUUGAGUGAGCCUGUGAAAGAUCUGGUUGAAAAUACUGUGACUCUAGGUUCAUUGGCACCAUCUAAUGCCACUAACUCCGAGAUUGGUUUGGCACCUGAAAGCAUUCUUCCUGAUUGUUGCAGAGAGGAAGCAUUAAAGAUGUUAGCAUCAAGCAAUUCCAUAUUGGAUGAAGAUUUAAUCAGGAACAGUGUGGGGGAUGAUAAAGGACAAAAAUCAAUACCUCCUAAGAGGAAGGGAACCACUGUUGAUGUGGAUUUGGAUGUUUCUGCCACAUUGGCGAAGGAUGACAACUGCAACUUGAAUCUUGAUGGUAGCCCAUCAAGGCUAGGUGUCAAUACUAUGGGGAUUGACAGGCCAUCUAAUGCGGCAAUUUAUGAGACUGGUUUGGUACCUGAAACGGUUCAGCCUGAUGGUUGCAGAAAAGAAACAUUAAAGAUGUUACCAUCAAGCAAUUCCAUAUUGGAUGAAGACUUAAUCAGGAACAGUGUUGGGCAUGAUAGUAAUGGUGAAAAAUUAGUACCUUCCAAGAGAAAGGGAAUCACAGUGGACACAGAAUCAGGUGUCUCUGCCAUGUUGGCUAAGGGUGACAACUGCAACCUGAUUCCUGAUGGUAGUAGCCCUUCUCAGCCAGGUGGCUAUAUUAUGGGGAUGGACGGUCCAUGUUCCAAACGAAUGAGGUUGGAUUAUAAUGCUACUGUCAGGGAGUCUUGUAAUCCUUCUGCAACUGAGCUUCAAGAUGGAGAAUGUAUAUAUGCAAACUUGCCGCAGAAGGAUUCUCAAGUCAACAAUGAAAACGAAGCCAGUUUAAUAAAUAAUUCUGAUAUUCAACCGAAGGAGAGGUUGUCAAGUCAUACUGCACAAGGAUGCAAGUCUGACUCCUUUAGGUUUGUUGAGUAUUGGGUUCCUGUACAAAUAUCUAAUGUGCAGCUCGAGCAGUAUUGUGAUAUUUUACUUUCCAAUGCUUCAAUUCUUCGCUCAUCAUCAAAGGUUGAUAGUGGGGAGGCUGUUCGAGAUGUUCUUAUUUCAAUUCGAAAGUGUUGUAGUCUUCCCUAUCUUGUUGAUCCCAAACUGAAAGAUUCUCUUAGAAGGGGUCUUGAACCAAUUGAAUAUCUGGAUUUUGAAAUAAAAUCAAGUGGCAAGGUGCAACUUCUUGAUUCAAUGCUCAAAGAGUUGAGAGAAAAUGCUUCAAGGGUGCUCAUUCUUUUUCAGUCUAUUGGAGGUUAUGGAAAGAUUUCAAUAGGAGAUUAUUUGGAUGAUCUACUGCUACAAAGAUUUGGUUCAGAUUCAUAUGAAAGGAUUGAUAAAUGUCUUUCAGCUUCCCAGAAGCAAGCCGUGAUGAAGAAAUUUAACGAUAAGAACAACAGGCGUUUUGUCAUUUUGUUGGAAACAAGUGCUUGCCUUCCAAGCAUUAAAUUGUCAUCAGUUGACACAAUUAUUAUAUUUGAUAGUGAUUGGAACCCAAUGAAUGAUAUAAGAUCCCUUCAGAAAAUAAAACUUGAUUCACCGUUUGAAUUGAUAAAAAUAUUCCGUUUAUACUCAUCUUUCACAGUUGAAGAAAAAGCCUUAAUCCUUGCUAAGCAAUAUAAGACACUUGACAUCCAUUUUCAAAAUAUAAACUGGAGUACCAGUCAUAUGCUGUUGAUGUGGGGUGCUUCUUGUCUAUUUGAUGAACUGAAAGUUUUUCAUGAUGGUGAAACUUCUUCAUCAAAUGUGAAAUCCUUGUUUGGACAAUCACUUUUGAAAGAAGUAAUGCAUGAAUUCUCAUCCAUACUAUCUCGGGCUGGAGGACAUAUUGAGUCAAGCAACUGUUCAAAUUUAUUGAAAGUACAGCAAAAUGGGUCAACGUACUCAGCAAUUUUUUCUCUGCAUGGCGAGCUGAAAUUUAGGGUACUGGAUGAAGAGUCACCCCGAUUUUUUUGGGCAAAACUUUUGGAGGGAAAACAGUUUCGGUGGAAGUACUUAAAUAGUUCAUGUCAACGGAGCAGGAAGAAAGUUUGUCAUUUUGACGGUUCAGUCAGAGGGCCUGAUCUCUUAAGUGAAGGAGCAGCAGCAAAGAAGCGCAGGAAAGUGAGCAACAAUAUAUUGGAUCAGUCUUCAAAAGCUGAGAGUGAAAAGUUAUCCACUGGAAUCAAGGCAGGAACAUCCGAAGAUUUAGUGGAUAGAUCUCAAGGAAAUAAUAUUGAAUCUGAGCAAAAAAGUAGACAACAUGAUGAGCAGAGGAGUUUACAUCUUUUGCUGAAGCCAGAGAUCACAAAGCUUUGUCACAUUUUUCAUCUUCCUGAUAACGUCAAGAGCAUGAUCUAUAAUUUUCUUGAAUAUGUUAUGAACAAUCACCAUGUCAAUAGGGAACCAUUGCAAAUAUUGCAGGCUUUUCAAAUAUCCCUGUGUUGGACUGUAGCUUCUUUGUUAAAGCACAAACUUGACCACAAGACUUCUAUUGAGGAUGCAGAACGAGAUUUGAACUUUAAGUGUAAGAAAGAAGAGGUGGACUACAUUUAUUCUAUGUUGCGUUGUCUGAAGAAAAUAUUUUUGUAUCGUACAGGAAAUUAUAAUGAUACUGGUUCUCCAAAAGUUUCUGAACCAUUGAACAGGCCUUAUUCCUGUCCAAGAGUAGCACGGGAGGUUGAAUUGUUCAAAAAAGAUAUGUCCAGAAGUAUUAAAGAAAUUCGGAAGAAGUGCGAAAAGUAUCUGAAGAAACUACAACUUUCACAAGAGGAAGAGAAACAAAGGUUGAGAGCAGUUAUUGAGGAAGAAAAGGCUAAAUUUGAGGGAAGUUACAAAAUACAGUCUGCUGUUAUUCGAUCCUGCUCUCCCAAUGAUGUUAUGAGAAUGGAAAGACUGAGGCUUUUAAAUAUUGAAUAUGGAAAGGGAAUUGAAGAACUAAAAUACCACCAUGAAACAUGUCUGAGGGAUCUUGAGGACAAGCAAUUAGCUGAAUUAAGGAAGUUUCAAGAUAGGGAGGCCAUUUGGGUAGAUGAUGUGAAAUCUUGGGCACAAAAUGAAUUGUCAAACAUAGCUGAUUCAAAGGAACAUGGGACUGGGGUUGAAUCCUUGCAGACUUGUGAUCAAGUACAGCCUCAGAAUGUACUAAAGAAUCAUUUUGCAGAAGGAAAGCAUCGUGAUGAUAGGGUUGAAGCCAUGGCAGAGACUGUCACUGAUAAUUCACCUUUAUCUGAUAAAAGACUUGCGAACAGGGCGACAUUAAGUUUGUUGGAUAGAGAGGAACUUUUGAGACUGCAUGGGGUUGUCAAUGUUGAUCGUCUAGUAAGUUGUACUGCUGUGCAGCCUUCAUCCGUGGAGCAAAAAUCCGAUGGAGGGAAAGUAAAUGAAUUUUCAGAUAAAGAAUUGAGACUGAGUAAUUGUCCAGAUAACAAUAUCCUUUCGAGUCCACGGCUUGAUGGUGUCCCAUCAAGCAUACUUGAUGGCUAUAUUCCAGUUGAGGUGCAAGAAACUAGUAAUGAAGUGGGCACUGACUCUUUAUUAAACAGAGAGGUACCUGUGGAAACACCUGGUAUGGUCAAUUUUACUGAUUGUCCACUAGAUGUCCCAGAUUUAGAUAGAGUUUUAUCUCCGAGGGCUUGUCAAGCUGAUAGUUCAAUUGAUGGUACAAUUUCGAUUUCAAAUCCAGUUUUGGAGCAACAAACUGCUAAUGGAGUCCCUUUGGUGGAUAAAAUGACUCCAUCAGACCAGCUGGAAGGAACACCUAAAACCAUGACAGAAUUGUCCCAGGAGACUCCAGUAUCUAGAUCAUUUAAUGUGACGAAUCCUCCAGAACAUGUGCAGCAAUUAUCUGUAGAGAUCUCUCCUGACCAUGGGGAAAUGCAGCAUUCUUCCGAACAACAUGAACUGAUAUCUAGUGCAGUUGAUGUUGUACCAGCCAAGCAAUCCAAUAAGGUUUCACUGAUCGAGAAGCCUUUAGAGCAGGUGCAACAGUUACCAUCUGCAGAGCUCCCUUCCCAUCUGAAUUCAACUAAUUUUCCGUUGGUAACUGAAGUUGAACAUCAGCCAAUUGUGGUUCCAAAUCAAGAUGAGCAACCUGACUCAAAUUUGGUACUUGAUUCUCAUUCACAUGAAGUUGUUGUGCACGCUGCCACAAAUCCUGACCCUGAUAUUGUUACACCUAGUGAAGUAAGAACACAAUCUUCAGACACUAUAAAUUUGUCAACUCCUUUGGCUAUCAAUUGUCAACACAUGCAAGCAGAAAUUCAUUCAGCUUCCAGAAUGCAGCCACAUUUGAGCUAUGAUCCUCUCAAAAAUGAAUUGGAUAGAAUUCGAAACAUGACAGAACAAACAAUGAAAUACUAUGAAGAUAUGAAAUUGCGGUUGAAAACUGAUUUUGAAAAGGAAUUAGAGGGACUCCGCAGGAAGUAUGAUACUAAAUUUCAAGGAAUUGAAGUUGAAUUUAAACAAACAAAGACGACACUGGAUACAAGUCUUAAUGUAGUUCAGAUGAAUAGUUUAUUGGCAGAUGCUUUUAGAUCUAAAUGCUCAACUCUUAAAGCAUCUUGUACAUCUGCAAUGCUGCAAGAUUCAAGUUCCGCACAGCGGCCUUCAAGGCAACAGAGUGCUAGGUUACCCUCCCCGGUUGCUGGUCCAUCUUCCUGUGGGCCCACCACAAUGGGCAACCCUCAGCAUAUGGUACCACCUAUACGGUCUGGUUACAGUACUUCAGGAAAUUUCACCAGUGCUUCUACAAGAUUGCCGAUUAUCAGCAACAUCUCAUUGCCAGUAGCAAAUCUUCAAGCUGGCGGUGUCAUACGUGCCCCUGCACCACAUCUCCAGCCUUAUAGACCAUGACAUAGCUUUUUCUUCUCUUCUCUCCCUAGUUCGGAGAUUCUUGCAUGAAUUUUGGUGCCCAAAUAUUGUGGUGCUGAUGCUGAUGCUGAUGCAACUAGUUUUUGGUUUUUUUCAACGCUUUGUUAUGAUUAUUGAUGUAUUAAAAUGUAUAUAUGUAAUUAAUUGUCUGCCUAAUUUUUUUGGCAUGGAAUGAAUCAUGAAUGGCUGGCGGUUAAUACGAGGUAUGGUGAAUUCGUGAA